UAAUUUACAAGCAUAUCUGCCAUUUGUGGGUUAAAUUAGGGUUUAUCUGAAAUUAGGGUUUAUCGAGAUGGGAGGAAAGGGAAGGAAACGAAGAGAAAAGAAUUACAGGGCAGCUCAUGGUGAGAAGAAUCGUCGUCUUCCUCCUCCCCCUGUUUCGUCUUCUCUUGAGGCUCUCCCUUCUAAACUUCGUCAGAUUCUCAAGUUCACUCGUCCCUAUCCUCAAUCACAGCCUCCCCCUCAACCAAAGCCUAGUGUGCAAGAAGAGGUGGAGGACCCCCAUCUUGAUGUAUUUAAAGGCUUUGAAGCCAGUGGUCAUGAUGUGGUUGAUGAGAUUGGGUUAGCUGAGAGUGAGAAAGAAAAGAAAAAGAAGAAGAGGAAGAGGAAGGGAGCGAAAGAUCUUCGCUUUGAGAUGGAGGCAUUAGCUGGCACCAGUACCAAGAGAAAAGAACGCAAGAAAAAGCGCUUAGAAGAAAUGAAACAUAAGCACAAAAAAGUGAAGACCAGUGAGAAUCUGGACUUCCCUGGGCGUGAAGAAAUAAAAUUCGGAGAAGUGGUCAAAGCUCCACCGAAGUUGGUCACCAUUCCAAAGGGAAAGAAGUCGCCUCAAGAUGCUUUUAAGGAGAGGCUUCGCCUUGAGGCAGUUGAUGGAUACAGAAAUCGGAGAGGAUGGUCAUCAAGGCCAGGAAUCCAUCUUCCAACACCUGAAGUCACAUCAAUGUAGCUCAUGUGUUAUUGUUGGGCAUUACAUCUGCGUGAUAGUGUGUGUACACUACUGUGUUGUGCAUGUUGACAACAAUAUACAGUGAAGCUUGAUGUAAAUCAAGAAUGAGGAUGAAGAAAGAUGAUUACCAGCCUUCUAUCACGCAAGGAGUAAGGACGCCUAGGGGGCAGCUUCCAAUUUGUUCUCUUUCCUAUUUGUUCAGGAGUUAUGUUAAUGUUUUGGUUGUAGUUGAUCAAAAAUUAAAAUGUUUCCCCUUCUAUGGGUGGAAUUUGGGUUUUGCCAGGAUAACAGAAACAGCACUAAGAAUUUCUUAUCUGACAUUGUGGAUUGUGCUGUUAUUGUAGAUAACUAAAAGGGGAUACUCUCUGUGCUAGAUUUGUACUAUUGACUUUUACGACUGCUGCCAUUACAUUUUUUA